AUGGAGGACGAUGAACAAAACAACGUUAUGGGUUUGGAGGACAUAACUUUAUUACACAUAGAGGGGGGUACAAGAAGUGUGACUCAAGAGCACUGCAAUGAUGACUACCAUCAUUCAAAGCACUUUGAUGAAGUUUUAUGUCCAUAUGUUGGGAUGAUUUUUGAAAGUGCUGAUGAAGUGAAGAAUUAUUACAGAGAGUACGCAAUUAAAUCGGGUUUUGGAAUUAGAAUAAGAACAUCUAAAAAGGACGUUGACAACCAAAUGUGUUACUUAAAGUUAGUUUGUUCCCGUGAGGGGAAAUGUGUGUCUUCCAUUGCACCUGAAAUGAAGACUCUUCCAACACAAAGAAAGCAAUGUCUAGCACGCAUGACAACAGUUCGAAAGCAAGAUAUGUGGAUGAUUAGCAGUGUGGUAGAUGAACAUAACCAUGACGUUAGUCCAACAAAAUCCAGGCUUAUUCGUGGGAAUAGAAAGCUGAAUAUGCAAGUCAAAAGGACCCUUGACCUAAAUGACCAAGCCGGUGUUCGCAUUAAUAAGAGCUUUCGGUCCUUGGUGUAUGAUGCAGGGGGAUUUGAAAAUUUACAAUUUGUGGAACGAGACGCUAGGAACUACAUUGGUAAGCAAAGACGUGCAUUAGGGAAGGAAGGUGACGGACAAGCUUUGUUAAACCACUUUUCAACUAUGAGGGAAUUGAACAAAGAUUUCUUUUUUGAAAUUGAUAUGGAUCCAGAUAAUCGCAUUAGCAACGUAUUUUGGGCUGAUGCUAGGAGUAGGGUUGCCUUUAUGGAGUUUGGGGAUGUUGUAUCAUUUGAUACAACGUACUUAACCAAUAAGUACGACAUGCCAUUUGCACCAUUUGUUGGGGUUAAUCACCAUGGUCAUUCAAUCUUACUAGGUUGUGGACUUCUAUCUGCAAAAGACAGUAGUACAUUUGUGUGGCUAUUUCGAUGUUGGUUGCGAUACAUGGGAAAUAAAUCCCCUGAAGGCAUUGUCACUGAUCAGUGCAAGGCUAUGCAAAAUGCAAUCCAAAUGGUCUUCCCCAACACACGACAUCGUUGGUGCCUUUGGCACAUAAUGAAGAAACUUCCCAAAAAAUUGAUUGGUUAUACAAACUACAAGGAAAUCAAGCAUACCAUGAAGCAAUUGGUGUAUGAAUCAUCUACUGCAGAGGAUUUUGAGAGUGGAUGGAAUAAUUUCAUUGAACUGUAUGACCUACAACUAAAUGAAUGGUUGCACACCCUAUUUGAAGAAAGACAUCGAUGGGUGCCAUGUUAUUUGAAAUGUGAUUUUUGGGCUGGCAUGUCGACAACACAAAGAAGUGAGGGGAUGAACGCCUUCUUUGAUGGGUUUAUUAACUCUACAACCACACUCCAACAAUUUGUGGUUCAAUAUGACAACGCCCUUCGUUCCAAGGCAGAGAAGGAGUACGAGGCGGACUUCAGUUCUCUUAAUACUACCAUUCCCUAUGGAUCUCAAUCAUUUAUCAAGAGGCAAUUUCAGGAGGAAUACACUCAUGCAAAAUUUGGGGAAGUGCAAAACGAAUUUCGGUGCAAAAUGAACUGUAACGUGAAAAAUGUUGCAUUUGAUGGGAUUAGGACAAAAUAUUUUGUCAAAGAAGCUUUGAUAUGGAAAGAUGAAAGUGCAGACAAGAUGCAUGAAAUUAUAUUUGAUCCUUCAACAAAAGACAUUGAAUGCCCUUGUCGACUGUUUGAGUUUAGAGGUAUUCUUUGUCGACACAGCCUAAUGGUCCUUGCACAAGAAGAUGUUAGAUGUGUUUCACAAAAGUAUAUUCUUGGUCGGUGGAGCAAACGGAUACGUAGAAGGCAUACUUUGAUACGAGCAUCAUACAACACUAAGAAAGACGAACCAAAUGUUAAGAGGUAUGACUUUUUGUAUAAGAAAUUUUAUGACAUUGCUGAGGUUGCAUGUGAAAGUCAAAGUGGAACAGACUUCCUUGUUGACCAACUGGAGUCGUUGUCAAAAAAUGCAUCCAUAAGAGAUGCGGGAGCAACUUCAUUAGGGGCUCAAAAAGACAUGUCUUCUACACCUAAUACUGCGGUUGAACACAACAAUAUACUAAGCCCAGCCCAUGUGAAAAGAAAGGGUCGACCACGAGGAUUAAGGAUGCAAUCAACCGUUGAAAAGAUUGGCAAAAAAAAGAUACGUAAGGCUGCAAGGAAAAAAGCAUGUAGGGAUGGAAUCUCAGUCCAUCACGGUGACCUUGGGACUUCUACUAAACAAUCUACUGGUGCAGAAAGGCAUGGAAGAGAUAUAAACAUGGAACUAGUUUGCAAAGAAAAUCUACUUUUGGAUUGGUUGACCUAA